AUGCGCGCUUUGGUGAUGGAGCAGUUUAACCAGGGCAAAAUACACCCCGACCGCCCAGUCCCCAAGCCAAAAUCCGACGAGGUUCUCGUCAAGGUAUCUCACGUCGCACUCAACCCUUGCGACUGGAAGCAUCUGGAUUCGAUGGGCAACCCAAACGCAACGCUCGGAUGUGAUUUCUCAGGGACGGUCGAGUCUGUUGGAGACGACUGCCUCACCUUGAAGGCCGGUGAUAAGGUGUGCGGUAUGAUACACGGUGGGAAGCUGCCGGAGAGGGGAUCUUUCGCAGAGUAUCUCGUCACCAAGGGGGAGUGUGCGAUGAAGAUCCCGAGCGGGAUGAGCGAUGCGGACGCUGCUACGUUCGGCGUCGGCUACUUCACCGCCGCCAUGGCGGUCUUCCAUGCUCAAGGCUACAAGUAUCCUCCGGCAGAGCAGAAAGAUGGCUGGUUCCUCGUCUCAGGCGGCUCAACCUCCGUCGGCCUCUUCGUACUCUCCCUUCUCCGCCAGCUGGGCGUCAAAGCCAUCGCUACCGCCUCUCCACGCUCCUUCGAGCUCGUCAAAUCGUACGGGGCGGACCAUGUCGUCGACUACCACAACAGAGACGCAGCCCUCGAGGAGAUCAAGAAGGUCACGGGCGGUGGUGUUGUUGGUGGUCUGGAGUGUGUUGGGGGGGACGACAACUACUUCGUAGCCAUCAACUCUUUUGUCAAGGAGGGAGGUCUACUCACGACGAUAACGGAAAUCCCAGAUGGCGCGGGGGAGAUUAGGGAGGAGGUCAAAAUUGGCCAAUUCGGGAUCUUCACCGUCUGCGGCUAUUCUUUCGAAAUGCUCCCCGGUCUGCCUUGGCUGCCUGCUAUCCCCGAGGAUAAGGCCUGGUACAUCGACUUCAUCAAGCGUUCACAGGGCGACUCGGGCUUCCUCUCCAGUACCAAGCCCAAUCCCGUCGAGCUCCGACCGGGCGACCUGGACGGGAUCGCUGAGGGCAUGGACCUGAUCAGGCAGGACAAGGUAUCGGGAAAGAAGCUGGUGUACCAGAUCGCAUGA